CUCGCGAUGCGAUUCGCUCCCUUGCAUGUCGCCGCCGCCAACGUGGAGCGAUCUCGACAACCCCUUGCCGGCGAAGCGCACUGCCGUCCUGGGGAGGAGGCAAUACGGAGAGUCGCAACACGGCUGCGGGAUGGAUUCAUCUGAACGUCGUCGAGAAGAGGGCGGUGCGCUUGGCGCGGAUGCGAGACGGCAGGCCGCCGUGCCUUGGACGUCGUGUCGUCUCUUAUCCCCCCCUAUCUCAAUCACCCACGAGUGAAGUCUAUUUGAAGAGGCCUUCGUCCCAUACAUGGACGCUUCUUGUUCCCUCCAUCACCAUCAUCAUCAGCUUCAUCCUCCCAUCCAGUUCCUUCCGCCUUCUCUUCUUUAGUCACCCAUUAGAAGCCCCGGUGGCAUUAUAAACACACUCAUUCCAGAUCCGAGAUCUUUCUGUUUGCCUUUUACUCCUACAACAACAAGCCCCACACACAUUCAAAAUGCAGACCAAGUCCAUCAUCAUGCUCGCGCUGAGCGCCACCGCCUCCGCCCACGGCGUCGUCACCUCCAUCACAGGCGCCAACGGCGUCACCAUGCCCGGCCUGUCCAUCGCCGACGGCACCCCGCGCGACUGCUCCAGCAACGGCUGCGGCUCGCAGGCCGACACGGCCAUCAUCCGCGACCGCGAGAUCAACAGCGGCCAGUGCGGGCCCCUCGGCCGCACCCAAGGCAACGGCCCCAUCAAGGCCGAGACCAUGAUCGCCAACUUCAUGGGCACCGGCAACGCCCCGACCAACAACGGCCAGGGCGUCGGCGUCGAGGACAACAUCCCCGCCAACGCCCAGGCUGCUGCUGCCACCGGUGGUAACAGCAGGACCAACAGGAACCGCAACAAGGCCCGCCAGCUCGGCAACCUCCUUGGUGGUCUCCUGGGCGGCGGCCGCGGUGGCGGCGGCACCAAGGCCGAGACGGGUCCCGAGAGCUCCGUCGCCUCCUCGGCCGGCGAGGGCGCCUCGAGCGGCCUCCCGACCGCCUCCGACAGCGGCAAGGUCACCAUGACCUUCCGCCAGAUCAACCAGGACGGCGCCGGCCCCAUGCGCGCCGACAUCGACGCUACCUCGGGCGGCACCGACGCCUCAGCCUUCCGCCCCGCCCAGGUCACCAAGGACGUCCCGGGCUUCGGGAUCCAGGGCCUCAGCCUGGCCACCAGCACCGAGUUCCCGCUCGAGGUCCAGAUGCCCGCCGGCAUGACCUGCGAGGGCACCGUCGCCGGGGUCCAGAACGUCUGCGUCGUCCGCGUCCGCAACGGCGCCGGCGCCGGCCCCUUUGGCGGCUCCGCCGCCUUCACCCAGAGCGCCGCCGCCCGCAAGCGCGCCAUCGCCUACAGGCUCAAGAAGCGCAUGGAGCUCAACAACCGCGACGAGUAAAGUGUGGGCCUCGCUCAUUCUUGCUCGGCGGAUCGAGAGCUUCUCUCUCCGCCCCGGCUUUCUUGUCUCUUUUAUUGUUUGUUUGCUUGUGUGUUUGUAAGAUGCAUCUGGUAGCCUGUUUACGGUCCUGGUUUGGCUUGUAGAAUAUGGGGUCUGGAUACCCGCUGGAUGCGGCGGGUGGGGCAGAUAUGAUGUUUGAUGACUACUUGUAUUCUUUUCGUUUCCUUUCUUUCACUGGAGACAUUUUACGAUACCCAC